AUGGUAGAGCGCUCGCUUAGCAUGCGAGAGGAGGCCAAUAAUAAUGAUGUUAGAAAUGGCAAAUGGCAUGGUUCAAUUAGUGGCAUAAUCUGUGCACCUAUUGACCAAGUUUGGAGCUUAGUGUCUCAAACCAAAAGAUUAUCAGAAUGGAUGCCAAUGGUAGAAAGAUGCACUACCUUAUCUGGAAAUGAAGAUGAACCUGGCUAUGUUAGGUUAGUCUCUGGCUUCAUGUUUCCUCAACAAGAUGGAGAUAGGUCAUGGAUCAAGGAAAAAUUGGUUUCAAUGGAUUCUUCAACACAUAGCUAUGUUUAUAGAAUGGAAGCAUGCAAUGUAGGGUUAGAUGGAUCUAUUAAUUCACUAAGAUUAGUUGAAUAUAGGGAUAAUUCAACUCUUAUUAAUUGGUCUUUUGAGAUAAACCCUUUAGAAGAUGCAUCCGAGGAUAGCAUAGUUGAUUAUCUUGGAUUUGUUUAUAAAUCUUGCAUUAAUAGGAUUGAGGGUGCUAUAGAAGCUGCAUCAAGAAGAAGUGUCUAG